GAGACGAUGACAAGCUUAUCGAUCCUGACCCCGCCUCGUGUUAUCAAUAUCUACUAUUGAACUAUUGGGUGGAAGAGCAAACAUCUUCGGACAAGCGGUUCAGGAGGGUAACACUUCAGGCUCAUCAUUAUUAUUGGAAUCGUGUCGAUGAAUUUAUGACUGGCCAAGUAGAAGAAAAGACCGGAUAGAAGUUCCCUGCCGCUGUUUACUCAUUUAUAAUGUCCCCUCGCAUCUCAAAGACUGUUUCAACUAUUCUCUUAUAUCUAUACCGGGAUCUAAAUACAAGUCAAUUGUAAUCGGAAAUGAUGACUGAAAUGGACUGGAAAGCUGCUGCCGAGGCAAAACGCCUGUCCGUUCUGAACGCGAUUCCCAAGAAAUGGCAGAUUCAAGCCAUCCCUCCCGUCUCCGAGCAAAGAGACGUCACAGGAAGCUAUAUCCACCAGUUCCUCACGGCUCACGAAAUCGAAAUCACCGAAACCGAUGCUGCGGGGAUCGUCGAGCAGACGAUAUCGCGAAAGUGGUCAGCCGUGGAGGUUACGGAGGCGUUCUGUCACAGGGCUGCGCUUGCGCAUCAGCUGGUGAACUGUUUGCAUGAGAUCUUCUUCGACGCGGCGAUCGAAGAUGCGAAGCAGUUAGAUGCGUACUAUGCAGAGCACGGAAAACCCUCGGGGCCUCUACAUGGCCUGCCUGUCAGUCUGAAGGAUCAGUUUCAUGUCCAGGGAGUUGAGACGACCAUGGGAUAUGUUGGUUGGAUCGGCACCUUCCAGGGCAAAAAGGGAGACCCCCGAAGCACCACCUUUGAAAGCGAGCUCGUGCGAGAGCUGCGCAGCCUUGGUGCAGUACUCUACUGCAAGACCAGUGUGCCCGUCACGUUGAUGAUGGGCGAGACCGCCAACGGCAUUAUUGGAUACACCUGGAAUCCCCGAAACAGAUACCUAUCGUCUGGUGGGAGCUCUGGUGGCGAGGGGGCACUGAUUGCCUUGCGAGGCUCGCCCGGUGGGUUUGGCACUGAUAUUGGAGGAAGCAUACGGGUCCCCGCUGGCUUCAAUUAUCUUUAUGGUCUACGGCCGUCCUCGGGGAGGGUCCCUUAUGAAGGUGCUGCCAACUCGAUGGACGGCCAGAUAUCGAUCUUACCGGUUGUCGGGCCUCUGGCAACUACUGCCCGCUCUAUCGUGCUGCUGUUCAAGGCAAUCUUGAGCCAGGAGCCGUGGAACCAUGACCCUCUAGCCUUAGAAGUGCCUUGGAGGAAUGAAAUUGUGCAGCAAACUCAAGCCUUGAUCGAGGAAUCGCAAAGGGGCGUUCCUGCACUUGCUUUUGCUAUAGUGCAUCACAAUGGGCAUGUGAGACCCCAUCCGCCUGUCGCGCGUGGAUUGAAAUUAGUUGAACAGACAUUAAAGCGGCUUGGACAUAGGAUCAUAGAGUGGAACCCGCCUGCAUCAGACCUCGCGGAUGAAAUUGCAAUGAGAGUAUUUUGCUCUGACGCUGGUACUGAUGUGCGCUCCCACUUCGAUCUCUCUGGAGAGAGACCAACGCAAAAGCUUUUCAUCGGCCACGAAGGAGACAGACACUUGAAUGCGAUGGACCUAGCCGCGCUGAAUGUCCAGAAACGCGAGUACCAGAAACUCUACAUGGAGUACUGGAACAGCACGGUAGACCAGACUGGCACGGGCCGUCCAGUUGACGGGUUCAUCAGCCCUGUGGCCGCACACGCUGCAGUCAUUCCCGGCCAGUUCAAAUACAUUGGCUAUACCGUCUUCGCAAAUGUUCUAGAUUAUACCUCUGUGGUGCUUCCGGUCACCCAUGCUGAUAAGCAGAUCGAUAUCCCUCGUGCCCCUGGGGAUUACCUGGGCGAGAUUGACAAGCAGAUACAGGAAGAUUGUGAGUGACAGCCCUGCCUUAUUGGCUUGACAGCACAAUCUUGAUUCUAAUCAAUGCUCUCGCCUUGUCCUAGACGAUGCGGAGAUAUAUGACGGCGCUCCUGUCGGUGUGCAGCUGGUCGGGCGUAGGCUGCAAGAGGAGAAGAUGUUGAC